UCACAUCAUCACUGUUAGGGCUUUCAAGAGCGCCCCCCCCCUCCUCCUCCUCCUCCCGUUCCAUUGCGAAGAUGAACAAUUUCAACACACGCUCCCGUUGACUCUUUCUUCGAGCAUUUUGAACGUCUCGAGACGCGACCCAGCCUAACCCAGCUCCAGUCAUUCCACAAUUCGGAAGAGGACGUUGAUAUCCCCCCAAGCCAAUCCAACCCCGCUCCAUUGACAUCCAUACGUCGCAGUCUUCUUUGUAUCUCCCUCAACCCUCCCUCGUCCACCUCUGGAGAAGAAAACGAGAACGCGACGGAGGACGAUGUUUUAUACAGUUGGUCGGCACGUGAGUACGGUGACUAGCACAUGACGCGAUUCACUCAUGCUUCGGGUCCAAAGGCUGCCGAGAUGGGAAGUUGGGAAAGACACGUGAAGUCACGAGAGAACGUGACGAGGCUUGGAUCUUUCGUAGAACAGCUUUCAGGUUGGGGGGGAUUUCUUGGGCAUGAGAGUUGGAAGGGUGGUUCGUCUUCAGAAUGGAACGAGGGAAGUCUUCAUGGAGUUGGUGUUCAACCACGCGAGACUUGGUUGGCCAUGGAGUGCCCUGGGUCCGGUUUGGUUUUAAGCCUGGGAGAUGCAUUGCUGGAUGGAGUUGGAGUCGGUGAUUUAAAAGCACAGCGAGAGGUUGGAAUGUGUUGGAUUAUGACAGCCACCUACAGCAAUCACUGCCGGUAGCAAACAGGGCUUUCAUGAACAUAAUGUUCGCGUCCCAUCAAUGUUCAGAUGCUACGGCCUGCAAACCAAUAGAAUGUGCGGAGGCGGGCAAUUUAAGACACGCUGCUUAGCACCCUUUCGAAGCAGU